AUGGGAAGAGAUCUCCUCCACAAGUUACAAGCUUGCAUUCAGUUCUCAGAAGGAGACAUGACUGUAACCUUGAGACAACCCACAGUACAGGUGCUUAUGGCAGCAGUAGAUGAAUACCUCCUUUACGAGUCAGUCUCAAAACCAGAGGAGACAGAGGAGGGGAGCCUUCUCCAAAUCCUACAGGACGAGUUUCCCCAGGUCUGGGCAGAAGGGAAGCCCCCUGCCUUGGCCAAGGAACAACCUCCAGUGGUGGUACAAUUAAAGGCCAUGGCUACGGCUGUUCGCAUUCGGCAGUACCCCCUUCCCCGGGAAGCAAAGGAAAGGAUCAGAGAACACAUUAACCGCCUCCAAGGAGAUGGGAUCCUAGUUCCUUGCAAAUCUCCAUGGAACACAUCUUUGCUGCCUGUCAAAAAGGCCGAGACUGGGGAGUACCGACCCAUCCAGGACUUGCAGGAAGUUAAUAAACAGGUUGAAGAUGUCCACCCAACAGUGCCUAACCCCUAUACCCUACUCUCCCUCCUGGGCCCCAAAAGAACUGUGUAUACCAUCUUCGAUCUCAAGGAUGCAUUUUUCUGCAUAUUUUUAGCAAGGGAAUCUCAGCCCCUUUUUGCUUUUGAGUGUUGCAACCCACAGAAAGGGUUUCAAGGCCAGAUCACCUGGACAAGACUUCCCCAAAGAUUCAAGAAUUCACCCACCAUUUUUGACAAGGCCCUACACGAGGAUUUGUGUGAGUACAGAACCUCCAACCCAGGAGUCACUCUGUUACAGUACGUUGAUGACUUGUAAAUAGCCGCUGAGGACUAUGGGUCUUGCUUGCGGGGGACGAGAGCGCUCUCACAGACUCUGCAGGGAAAAGGGUAUCGGGUGUCAGCAAAGAAAGCACAGCUCUGUCAGAGCCAUGCCACUUAUCUAGGCUUUGGUCUCCACGAGGGAAUGCGUUCACUGUCUGAGUCCAGGAAACAGGUGAUCACCGGAUACCCCCGCCCCACCACAUCCCAACAAGUGAGGGAGUUUCUUGGGACGGUGGGCUACUGUAGGCUGUAGAUACCGCGGUUCGCGGAGAUUGCCCGACCGCUCUACGAACUGGGAAAAGGGGGGCUCACUACGGUAGAGUGGACAGCUGAGGCAGAAGGAGCAUUUCGGGAAUUACAAACAGCCUUGCUGAGCGCCCCAGCGUUGGCCAUCCCAGAUGUUACCAAGCCCUUCCACUUGUAUGUGGAUGAAAAAGCAGGAAUAGCCAAAGUUUUGUCUCAGACUCUGGGACCUUGGCAAAGGCCAGUAGCCUAUCUUAGCAAGAAACUAGAUCCAGUAGCAGCUGGGUUCCCCCCUUGCCUCCACAUAAUUGCUGCCACGGCCCUCCCGAUCAAGGAUGCAAGUAAAUUGACUUUGGGUCAAAACCUCAUCUUGACCACCACCCACGCUAUCAAGGGCCUUCUCCAGACUCCACCAGACCAAUGGAUGACAAACGCCUGAGUGACGGGGUAUCAGGCCCUCCUCCUGAACAAACCAAGAGUGACUUUCCGGCCCCCGGUGGUGCUAAAUCCAGCCACACUGCUGCCAGAGGAGCUAGCUGACCAUCCACACGACUGCAGGGAGGUCCUAACCCAAGUCGCAGGAAUAAGGCCAGAUCUCAGAGACAUUCCCCUCCCGGAUGCUGAGAUGACUCUGUUCACAGAUGGGAGUAGCUACAUAGUCAAUGGAAAGAGGUAUGCAGGGGCUGCGGUUGUUUCUCCUGAGCAGACACUCUGGACAGCAGCCCUGCCACAUGGAAACUUGGCGCAGAAAGUGGAACUGAUUGCACUCACUAAGGCACCAAUGGCCAAAGGUAAAACCGCCAACAUCUAUAUGGACAGCAGGUAUGCCUUUGCUAUUCUCCAUAUACAUGGGGCUAUUUAUUAUAAAGAAAGGUGCCUAUUAACAGCAGAAGGAAAAGGAAUUAAAAACAGAAGAGAAAUAUUGGCUCUCCUCCAGGCUAUUUGGGACCCAAAAGAGGUGGCCUUUAUGCAUUGCCCGGGACACCAAAAGGGGACUGAUCUGAUUUCAAAAGGAAACCAAUUAGCAGAUGAAGCUGCAAAGCAAGCAGCCCAAGAAACAGUGCAAGAACUGGUUAUACUCCCGGCUCCAGCCCUACCAGAAAAACCGAACUAUUCAGAAGAUUUAAAGAAAAAUAAUUCUUCCUCGAAGACUAAGAAGUUAGUAGACCAGAUACAUCAGGGUACUCAUUUGGGGAUACGCAAACUCAAGGACCUUAUAGGCAAGCAGUUCCAGGUUUCUAAAUUAGGGCAUAUGGUUCAGGAUGUAGUUGAUAGAUGUGCUCAAUGCCAGGCAGUUAAUGUGGGAAGAACUAAAAUGGGAAGAGGGAAAAGAGAAAGAGGUAAGGAACCAGGAAUUUAUUGGGAAAUAGAUUUUACAGAAAUGAAACCUGAAAAAUAUGGGCACAAGUAUAUGUUAGUUUUUGUAGAUACCUUUUCAGGCUGGGUAGAGGCUUUUUCCGCCAAACAUGAGAUGGCAGGAGUGGUAGCCAAAAAGCUACUAGAAGAAAUAAUUCCUAGGUUUGGGCUGCCUCUCGCAAUCGGGUCAGACAAUGGCCCUGAAUUUGUGAGUUCAGUCUCACAGGCAUUGGCCAAGGCCGUGGGCACUAAUUGGAAACUACAUUGUGCCUAUUGGCCCCAGAGUUCCAGGCAAGUAGAGAGAAUGAACCGCACUCUUAAAGAGACCUUGACAAAACUAAUUCUGGAGACUGGCGGUGGAUGGGUGGAUCUCCUUCCUUUCGCCCUCCUCAGGGCAUGA